AUGUUUUAAAAAGAUGACAGAAAGGCAAUGUAUAUUUUGCCUGCCUCAACUCUAGCGUCUCUGAUAUCUGCUCUCAUAGUUAAUCCUCUCGAUGUUCUGAAAGUGCGUUAGCAGAAAGGAUCAAGCUAAGAGUGCCAUAUUCAUAACAGACCACAAUUAAAUGUGAUACAAUUUACAAAUUUAUAAUAACAAAAUAAACAAAAUGUUCAAUUCAAAUAACCACUAAGUACAGCUAAUUAGCUGACUACCCCUUCAAUUUCUUGUUCAUCUUUGAACAAUAAAUUAAAAAAAUAAUCAAAAUAAUAUCUAAAUUAAUGCUCAUAAUCUCCAUUUAAAUAAUCUCCUUAGUAUUCGUACGUGAAGAGUUGUCUUUGUUUGGACAAAAAGAGUCUUAUUAGUGGAAUCGCACAGAUAUGGAAAAUGGAAGGCAUCAAGACAUUUUACAAUGGCUUGAGAUACUCUUUAUACUCCUCAACAGCAUCCACAGUCACUUACUUUUACUUCUACGAAACAUCCACUAAAUAAAUUAGAAAUAGAAUUACAAACCACAAGAUAUAUCUUCCUCUUUUGGCAUCUGUUUUCUCGCGUUCUUUAACAACUACUCUCACUUUCCCUCUAGAAUAUUGGCGUACAGUCCAGUAGGCAUAAAUAGGUUUCACCAAAAAGACAGGUUUAUAGCUUGGUAACCGUGUCUUUUCUGCUUACUUUGUUACUUUAUAAAGAGACGUCAUAUUUAGUUCCCUUUAUUGGGUUCUUGCUGAAAAUAUUCGUGACUCUUUGCAUGGAUUUUGGUGUAAUUAUCCAUAAGCAAUGUCCAAGUAUUCAGAGGAGCAUUAAGAAUACCACAAGAGUCAUCCUGCAAAUAUAAGUUGCAGAUGGAAGUUUUUGAUAACCAACAUAAUUGCAGGUUCAGUUGGAGGUGGUAUAACAGCCUUACUUACUCUUCCUUUAGAUGUUAUCAAAACUAAAAGACAGCUUUAUGAAAAGUAUUCAAAGGAUUCAACUUUAUAAAUUAUGAGAUAAAUUGUACAAACUGACGGAGUUAGUGGAUUAUAUGCAGGUGCUAGACCGAGAAUCGCAAAAGUUGUUGUAGCUUGUAGUACUGUUUUAUCUUUAUACGAAUACUUCUUAGGAAUAUGCAAAUCGCUUUAUUGA